UAAAAUUAACAGUUCUGCGUGUUUGAUAUUAACAUCGUUGUCAUGAUCUGCCCAUUCUUAAGCAAGUGCAAUCGAAAACUUAAAAGUUAAACUGAAUAUUGGACAUUAAGUACCCUUAUUCGAUAGAAACAUUUGAGAACAGGAUUUCAAGCUUAAUCAUUUCUACUACUAAUUUUAGACCCUACACGGUAGUCAGUACACUACCCAUUGGCGAAAAUGGAAGAGGAAUUGCAGUUGAAAGAUAAUGGAGAAGAACAUGUAAAACCUGUUCAUGAAAAUAAUGAAUUAACCUGUGAAUAUGAUACACUAGCAGAACAGCCAAAGUCGUCAGUACUUCAUGACAGUCAUAUAAGUACCAAUAUUGGUUCCCAAAAAGACAAUUUUGAGGCUGAAAAGUGUAAUAAAAUGCAAACCCAAGACCUUUCUGAUUAUAGCUUUGAUCAGCUUAAUACCAUAAACCAAGCAGAAAAGGAUAAGGAAUGCUAUGCAAACAGUGGAUGUACUAACUCUAAUUUCAAUGAACAUGGAAUUGACAAAGUGUUAUCUUUAUCAGAAAGCAGUAAACACAUAAGUAUAGAAGACACCAGUUUGAAAAAUGCAUCUACUUUGACAUUUUCACCAGGUCUCAGCAGAGAAGAGUUAUUAGAAAGAUAUCAUAAAGCCAUUGAACAGAGAAAAGAACUAAAGAAAAUCAAUCAACAGUUACAGCAAAAAGUGAUUCAUCAUUUCAGAAGUAAAAGUGAGGAACUAGGUGAAGGAAUACAUCUUAUAGACUUUGAGCAGUUGAAAAUUGAAAACCAGACAUAUCAUGAAAAAAUUGAGGAAAGAAAUGAAGACCUUCUAAAGUUCCAGAGAAAGUACACAAACAACAUUCAAGUCCUAACUCAUAUCAAAGAAAAGCUUCAUUUUGUGGAAGUAGAAAAACAGAAAAGGGCACAAACACUUAAGGAUCUGGAAAUAAUUGUGAAUGAAAAAAGGGGUUACCUGGUAAAACUAAAGACAAGUCACGAAUCUCUCCGAUCUCAAACACAAAGACUGCAGCAAAAAGCUGGACUUUUGAGACAUAAAAUACUUUUACGUCAUUAUGAAGAAACUGUUAACAGAAGAGAACAACUUGAAAAUGAAAUAGAAGAGCUUAAAAAACAAUUUGAAUCUGUUAAUUUAUCACUGAAUGAACUUCAAAAAAGUAAAAAAUUCAAUAAAAAUAAAGAGCUUCAGCAAGAUGUAGAUCAUCAGUUGAAAAGUGCCAGAUACCCCACAUUUGGAAACCAUUUGAAAAGAAACACACAGAGGAAGCAGGUGGAAACCCAGAAUUUUGGUUUUCUACAACCUUAUAUUAAUCAGUUGUCAUCUUCAAAACCAAAAUAUCUUUCUGAAAUGAUUCAAGGAAGCCAGUCAAGGAUAUGUGUCAAAUCAGCCACAAAAGAGGCUGGAUCUAAGUUCCUUGAAACAAAUGACACUGACCAAGACAAAAUGGCUACUGAGAUUCAGUCUAAUGUAAUUCCUCAAACAAUGACAGACUAUGGUUUCAGUGAGGUAGAGGAUAAUGAAAUAAAUAGUGUCAAUGGUAUUCAAGUUGAUGAGGAAAUUGUUAACAAUCUGUUGUCAAACAAAGAAGUGCAAAGUAUAUCAGGAACCUGAACGGUAACUGGACAUUCAAACAUUCAGUUUAACUGUGGAUUAAAAUUUUUUAAGUUAUAAAACUAUUCAAAGGUGAUAAUGUACAUAUAAGGAAAAGCAUUAAAAUAAGAAGUAACUCAAUAUCAAAUAAAAUGAAUUUGAAGCUUUUUUCUUUUGAGCUGAAACUUCUGCUUCUAAAAACAGUUAAUGGUUCUGAUGUGGAAUACAAGUCAUUGAACUGUAAUCAAUUCAUCCAAAUGAGUUAUUUUCAUUGAGUAUUCGUAAGCCUGAUUUUUUAAUAUGCAAACUAGUUUUUUGUGUAUUUGUUUCAUAUAUAUUUAUCAAAAUUAAAGGAAAAAACAACCAAAAAAUUUAUGUGCUUACCACAACUAUAAUUUGUUUUAGGAUGGAACUUAUGCAGUGGUUUCUCUUCCUACAUGGACUAAAUUAUGUAUUUAUAUGAAGUCUUAAUGUAAUCAUUAUUUUAUCUGUGCACUAUUUUUUUUAUUAGGAUAUUUUAUUCACAUGGGUUAACAAUUUCAAAUUGAAGACAAAGUGAAUUUUAACUACUACUUUUUAUACCUGUUCCUGUUUUUUAUGAAUGUUUCAUGCAAUUCUUUAUAUGUUAGUGUAGGAUGUCUGUGUUAUUGGUAACAUAUUUUUAAAACUUUGCACAAGUAUUAUUCUUUAUACCUCAUCAUGUAGUAUCUUUAAGACUACUAACCCUACUCUUGUUGUGUUUAAGUUUAUAGAAUUAUAAUUUUUUAUAGUAUUUCACCAGUGCUUAUGGUUUCACAAGUUUCUUCUGAUAGCUUUACAUUAACUAAUAUCUUUGAUUAUACAUUAAAUUCUGGCCUUUCAAGUUGAUCCAUUUGCACUGUUUGGGUGAGUUGUUACCUUCUUCUGUGUUCCAUCUGAU